UUAUGCUUCCAAAUUAUUGUAGAAUCCCAAGAGACAACAAUCAAAGAAGGCCAUCAAUAUUGAAUGCGAAGUCUGUAAAUUUUGAAUCAUCCAGAAAGUAGAAACGGAGGCCAAUUUCGCUAGACCGAUUCGUUUUUUCAAAUUCCAUCGAUUGAGAAAUCCAUAUUUUCGGAUUUUUGAAUUUGAAUUUGAAAUUCGUGCUUCUUAGGGGAAGAUUACGUUGUGAAUUUUGGUGUGGUUGAGAUAGAGAGUACUGGGAUUAUCGUGAUCGUACGGUUCGGUGAAGCUAGAAAAUGUGGGGUCAGGAACAUCGAGCUCCGGUCGCCGUUGACGGUGGCCGAAUGGAUUGGGGGCUGAGAAAUUGGCUGGACGGUGGUGGAGGAGGUCAGCUCGGUGGUUUUAGUCACGAAAGCGAGCAUGAUUUGGCGGCUAUGGUGACCGAUUUCUUGGAGAACGGUAGUUGUGGAGCUGAAUCUUGCCCCAGCAGUGACAGCGAUUCCGGUUUCUCUGACAUCGCUUCUAUCCCCGAUAAGAUUUCGUUGUAUAAGCACUCAGUGGACCAGUACGAGAGGGACUUGUUAUCGGUGGUUCAUUCUCUAAUUCUUUCUAUUAAUGAGAUGGACUAUCACCUCAACAAGUCUGACACUUGCAACGCUAGCUGCAUAAGGUUUUCUUUGGUAAAGCUCCUGCGGUCGUCUGGUUAUGAUGCAGCUGUAUGUGCAACCAAGUGGCAGGGUUUUGGAAAAAUUCCGGGAGGUGAACACGAGUUUAUAGAAGUGAUCAUUCAUCGUGGUGGUGGAUGCUCUGAACGUUAUAUCAUCGAUCUUGACUUUCAAAGUCACUUUGAAAUAGCAAGAGCGGUUGAAUCCUAUGACGCUGUUUUGAAUUCUCUUCCAGCAGUUUAUGUGGGCUCCUUGUCGAAGCUAAAACAAUUGCUUCAAGCAAUGGUGGAUGCUGCAAAAUAUUCUCUCAAGCAGAACUCAAUGCCUCUACCCCCAUGGCGGUCCCUUGCUUAUUUGGAAGCAAAGUGGGAAUCUCACAGUCAGAGAGUGGCUAGUGUUUAUGAGCGAAGCAACAAUAGCACUUGCUCUUCCGGUCAUCAACACUGCAUUCGCCUACUAAGGAGGCUGAAAUCCUGCAUCCGAUCUGAAAUCAAAGCAGAAGGACUGUUGCUAUAUGCAAAGAAUGAUAAAAAGGGGAGAUUGAAAACUGACAGAUGGAAGUAUUCUUCAUUUCGGACCCUAUAAGGAUGCCAAAAGUCUUUGGGGGUAACUCCACAGUUUUAUCACGAGGUAACUAUUAGUAAUAUUUUGGAGGCUUUUGUUCGUGGAACCAAUAUGCCAUUUUUCCCCCAACUCUAAGCAUGGGUUAGUAUAGUUGAGGCUUAUAGGGAUACAACUUUAAUGAGCAUAACAUGCGAUAUCUUGUUCAGUUGGCACCAGAGGAUAAGAUUUUCUCACAAUUUUGUUGUUUUCAUGCUUGAAAUAGAGGAUCUUCAUUGUAGCUAGUUUAGUUUUAUUGCUUUCAGUUCUUGUAUACUACGGCUGGGAGAAAAUCUGAAAUUCUCUUCCUUUUAACUUCUUCAUCUUUUUCUUUAAAUUGUAUCAGAAGUUUUUAUAUGUAUUGCGUUUGCAGUGUGUAUUGCAUCUUGUCUAUUAAAAAAAAAAAAAAAAAACCACCUUAAUAUUUGAAAUUGUUCGUUUUCCUGAGGAAAGAAGUUCAAAUCUUUUUCCCUCUACUUUCAACGGUUAGGUUAGGGUUCAAUAAAGUGAAAGUGACUUAUUGAAAUAAUUUGCUGUUAACAACUGUGCCCAGACUUUCACAAUUCACAAAGGAUUUGAAUUUCGAAUGACUUCUAAACUUGAAAGAGAGAGACUAAUAUAUAUCUUACUGUAUUUAGAUUCUAGACUAAUGGAUAGAUGUUUUAAAUUGUCACCAUUGAGGAGUAUUAAUUGGAAUGGAGUUUUGAAAUGUUGUAGACUUGUAGUGUUGAAAUUCUUUGUUGUAACACUACCUAAACUUAAUUUGAGUUUGUUGUGUAAAUAACUAAAUAUUUACAGAGAAAGCCUAAAGGCCCCACCAAGGGUAGCAGCCGAAAACAAAGAUUACCCAUUAAAAGCCCAAGACAAGCUGGUACAAGUAACGGUUAGUUUAGGAAAAAAAAAAAGAGUAACCGUUAGAUUGUCCCCAACUAGCCGUUGCAAUUUCUAAAGCUAACUGUCAGCAUAGACAACUCGGAAUUGGUAAUACAAGAAUGAAUGACAAAAUAUCAUCCUAAAAAAAUUUACAUGUUAAGUUGUUACAAAACUUUGGGUUAAAAUUUCUCAUGAUGUUGAAUUAAUUGGUUAUGGGACAAAAUGUUUAUGGAUUGAUAGUUGAUUCUCAUUCGGAGAAGUCCAACCGGAAUUACCACUUCGUCGUAGCAACAAGCAUACUCAGUUUGAAAAAAAAAGUUGUGAAGUGGGCCAUUUUAAAAAUUGAGUGGGGGCAUUUUUGAAUUUUUAACUAAAACUUUAGGUAAUAAUAUAAAUUAAAAAAAAAAUACAGUGGAGAAAUUAGUGAGGUAAAAAUGUGAAGGGGCAUUUUAAAAAAUUGGAAAUUUUAAUUAAAAUUAUUAGCAAUAAUGUAAAUUAGAAAAAAUCUAGUGGAGGCAUGGUCCUGGGUCCGUGUCUAAGCAUACUCCAUAAGUAAAUUAAUUAAUGUACAAAUAUUCUUCCAUAUUAAUAAUCUUCUAAGUUGCAAUUUCACAAAUUUAAGUUACUAUAUUAUUUUGGAGCUUAAUAUUUAACAAUAGAACAAUCUUCAAAUGCAUAGAAGUCAUUUAGGUUUUGAUUGGUUAGAUGGAAUCAACUAGAAAAGAAAGAAAAUAUAUAUAUAUAUAUAUAUUUUGAAGUUUGAAUAGAUGAAAAAAGAAAAGUAAAUUUAGUUUUCCGCACUUGGUCAUUUUUCUCCAAAAAAAAAAAAAAAAAAAAAAAAAAAAAAACGCAAAAAUAAUAUUGACUUGCAUCAGAAACAAAAUUUUUACAAUUAUCACCUAACCCUAACCAAUGAAGUCAUUGCAUGCAGAAGAUAUGAACAAGAUAUGCACCCCCCAAGACAUAUAUGACAUAAUCUAAAAAAGACUUAUAAAAAACAAACAAGAUCUAUCUAGUGUAUAAUUUCAUAUCAUGCAAAAAAUUCACGAGCAGUUGAAAGAAAACUUAAAAUUGAAUUAUCAUAUCGAUCCACA